CUCCCAGCCUGGGUUGUAAUUCCGGACAGAGCAGAAGAAAUCUCUCCUCUCUCCAGCCUUCACCCACCCUGACCGGCCCUCGUUAAUGGUGACAGGCAGACCAGCAACAUGAGGUUAGCCCACACGCUGCUGCCCCUGCUGCUGCAGGCCUGCUGGGCCUGGGCACAGGACGACCCUGCGGCCUCAAGGGUCAUGGCCUUUCAAGACUGCCCCGUGGACCUGUUCUUUGUGCUGGACACCUCGGAGAGCGUAGCCCUGAGGCUGCAGCCCUAUGGGGCCCUAGUGGACAAGGUCAAGGAAUUCACCAAGCGCUUCAUCAACAACCUGAGGGACAGGUACUACCGCUGUGACCGCAACCUGGUGUGGAACGCGGGCGCCCUGCACUACAGCGAUGAGGUGGAGAUCAUCCGCGGCCUCACGCGCAUGCCCAGCGGCCGCGAUGACCUCAAGAGCAGCAUAGACGCAGUCAAGUACUUUGGCAAGGGCACCUACACGGACUGCGCCAUCAAGAAGGGGCUGGAGGAGCUGCUCAUCGGGGGCUCCCACCUGAAGGAGAACAAGUACCUGAUUGUGGUCACCGACGGGCACCCCCUGGAGGGCUACAAGGAGCCAUGUGGGGGCCUGGAGGACGCAGUGAACGAGGCCAAGCACCUGGGCAUCAAGGUCUUCUCUGUGGCUAUCACGCCAGACCACCUGGAGCAGCGUCUGAGCAUCAUCGCCUCGGACCACACUUACCGCCGCAACUUCACAGCAGCCGACUGGGGGCAGAGCCUCGACGCGGAGGAGACCAUCAGCCAGACCAUCGACACCAUCAUUGACAUGAUCAAAAAUAAUGUGGAACAAGUGUGCUGUUCCUUCGAGUGCCAGCCUGCCAGAGGACCUCCAGGGCCCCCGGGUGACCCUGGCUAUGAGGGAGAACGAGGAAAGCCGGGGCUCCCAGGAGAGAAGGGGGAAGCCGGAGACCCUGGAAGACCUGGGGACCUUGGGCCAAUGGGGUACCAGGGGAUGAAGGGAGAAAAAGGGAGCCGCGGAGAGAAGGGCUCCAGAGGACCCAAGGGUUACAAGGGCGAGAAGGGCAAGCGUGGCAUCGACGGUGUAGACGGCAUGAAGGGAGAAGCAGGGUACCCAGGCCUGCCUGGCUGCAAGGGCUCACCUGGAGCUGAUGGCAUUCAAGGACCCCCUGGCCCUAAAGGAGAUCCUGGCGCCUUCGGACUGAAAGGAGAGAAGGGAGAACCUGGAGCCAAUGGAGAGGCUGGGAGGCCAGGGAACACAGGCCCCCCUGGAGAUGAGGGUGAACCUGGAGAGCCUGGACCCCCAGGAGAGAAGGGAGAAGCUGGCGAUGAGGGGAACGCAGGGCCGGACGGUGCCCCCGGAGAAAGGGGCGGGUCUGGAGAGCAAGGACAGCGGGGAACCCCUGGCGUGCGGGGCCCAAGAGGAGACCCGGGUGAAGCUGGACCACAGGGUGACCAGGGAAGAGAAGGCCCCGUUGGCAUUCCUGGAGACCCGGGUGAGGCUGGCCCCAUUGGACCUAAAGGAUACCGAGGUGAUGAAGGCCCCCCAGGCAUCGAGGGCCCCAGAGGAUCCCCUGGACCCCUUGGGCCCCCUGGAGACCCAGGGCUGAUGGGCGAAAGGGGUGAAGAUGGCCCCCCUGGAAAUGGUACCGACGGCUUCCCCGGCUUCCCUGGAUACCCCGGCAACAGGGGCCCUCCUGGCAUAAACGGCACAAAAGGCUACCCUGGCCUCAAGGGGGAUGAAGGUGAAGCUGGGGACCCUGGAGAGGACAACAAUGACCUCUCACCCCGCGGAGCAAAGGGAGCCAAGGGUUACCGAGGCCCUGAAGGCCCCCAGGGACCCCCAGGACACACGGGACCUCCGGGACCAGAUGAAUGCGAGAUCUUGGAUAUCAUCAUGAAAAUGUGCUCUUGCUGUGAGUGCAAGUGCGGCCCCAUCGACAUCCUGUUCGUGCUGGACAGCUCUGAGAGCAUCGGGCUGCAGAACUUUGAGAUCGCUAAGGACUUCAUCAUCAAGGUCAUCGACCGUCUGAGCAGGGAUGAGCUGGUCAAGUUUGAGCCAGGGCAGUCGCAUGCAGGCGUGGUGCAGUACAGCCACAACCAGAUGCAGGAGCACGUGGACCUGAGGAACCCCAACAUCAGGAACAUGCAGGAGCUCAAGGAGGCCAUCAAGAAGCUGCAGUGGAUGGCUGGGGGAACGUUCACGGGGGAGGCCCUGCAGUACACCCGGGACCGGUUGCUGCCACCUACUCAGAACAACCGCAUUGCCCUAGUCAUCACUGAUGGGCGCUCAGACACCCAGCGGGACACAACCCCACUCACCGUGCUCUGCGGCCCUGACGUCCAGGUGGUCUCUGUGGGCAUCAAGGAUGUGUUUGGGUUUGCUGCACACUCCGACCAGAUCCACGAAAUCUCCUGCCAAGGCCCAUCCUUCCAAGGCCGGCCAGGCAUUUCGCUGGUCAAGGACAACUUCGCAGAGCUGCUGGACGAUGGCUUCCUGAAGAAUAUUACCGCACAGAUCUGCAUAGACAAGAAGUGUCCUGAUUACACCUGUCCAAUUACAUUCUCCUCUCCAACUGACAUCACCCUCCUCCUUGAUGGCUCAGCCAGUGUGGGCAGCCACAACUUUGACAUCACCAAGCGCUUUGCCAAGCGCCUAGCUGAGCGCUUCCUCACAGCGAGCAGGACGGACCCAUCCCACGAUGUACAGGUGGCCGUGGUGGAAUACAGCGGCACUGGCCAGCAGAGGCCGGCGCGGGGAGCACUGCAGUUCCUGCAGAACUACACAGUGCUGGCCAGCACCAUUGAUGGCUUGGACUUCUUCAAUGAUGCCACCGAUGUCAUUGAUGCCCUGAGCUAUGUGACCCGCUUCUACCGUGGGGCCUCGCCAGGUGCAGCCAAGAAGAAAGUACUGCUCUUCUCCGACGGCAACUCACAGGGUGCCACGGCGGCAGCCAUUGAGAAAGCAGUGCAGGAGGCACAGCGCGCAGGCAUCGAGGUCUUCAUGGUGGUGGUGGGCACCCAGGUGAACGAGCCCCACAUCCGUGUCCUGGUCACCGGCAAGACAGCUGAGUACGAUGUGGCCUAUGGUGAGAGCCACCUGUUCCGAGUGCCCAGCUACCAGGCCCUGCUUCAGGGCGUGCUGUACCAGACCGUGUCCAGAAAAGUGGCACUGGGCUAGCCUGGCUGCACACGCACACCACAAGACCAACCCAGCCACACCGGACCCAUCAUCAGAACAGACAGCAAAACGUGACCUGCAUUUUUUUGACCAGCCCAAUUAGCCAGAUUCUCUUUAAGGAGAAUCUUGAGAAGCCACAAUGCGAUGCUGUGAGCUCUGCAGGGUCCCCGCCCAGCCGGUUCAUCCAGCCUUCCUCUCAUGCUGCAUCCUCCCAGCUUCUCGGUGCGCCGCCAGCCCACUCAUCGCAGAACACCUCUCUUUCUCCCGUCCUCUCCUCCCCGUGGCCCCGUAGCUUGCUUUUCUUGCUAAUCCUAAGAGUCCUUCUCUGACAUUUUAUCUACACUUAAAAUCAAAGCAAAGUCUACAAGUUAGUUCACAGGAAGUGUUGGACAAUAUGUUGUUUUUUUUUUAUAAAGCUAAGGCCAACAGGAUUUUUAAACAUAAACCUUGAUGAAUGAAUUCUUUAUAAGAGUCUCAUCAGGAACCAAUCCUGGACCUAGGUUCCCAAACCCUCAGGGGCCUCACAGCUCAGGGUGAGCAGAAACUGGGUGUUGCUGACACAGGCUGACCAACAUCUUCAAAGAACAGUAGACAACAGUUGACGCAUCACCCUUCUGUUCAUCAGACCCCAAGAGUGAAGGUGCUAUCCCAGCCAAGGGACCCCUCCUCCACACUCGCACAGAGACCUGGGCCUAGACUGGACACCCAGGUCACCUCGUGGCACAAAGCCAUGUGUUCUGAGCUCUUGUCCUCAGAAUGGUGAUUUUUUCUACAUCGUACUAAGAUCCUCUUUAUAUGUUCGUUAUAGUUUUACUCCUUCCUGAGUUUUUUUAAACCAUGUCCAUUAAGGACUUUUCCAAAUAAAGCUCUCACCCUUCUCUCUG